AUACAUCGGCGCCACCUCGGAACGCGCGUCUUGCUCAAGAAGUCUUUUUCGACGCAUUUUUCGUGUUCUCGAUCGCGCAGUAUCAUACGCGACUCGCCUUUGACAGAUUAUCACGCUCGCGCGAGAAGAGUGCGAUCCGUAAAGUUCGCGUAAUUAAGGACCACAGCACCAAGCACGACGGCAACGAUGCAGCUGAGUCUGGCACCGAAGACCAUCAAGUACUUGAUGUUCGCUUUCAACCUAUUCUUCGUGAUUACAGGAAUAGUGCUGUUAUCAAUUGGCUUGAUCAUCCAUGGAAUGUAUUAUAAAUAUCAACAUUUCCUUGACAAUAGUUUCUUGUCCGUACCUUCUCUUCUUGUAGCCAUAGGCUCUAUUAUUUUCAUCAUCGCCUUCUUCGGAUGCUGCGGAGCCAUUCGCGAAAGCCACUGCAUGAUCGUAACGUUCUGCACGCUUCUAGUCGCGAUCUUCAUCCUGGAGCUCAUAGGAGGUACGAUGGGAUACGUGAUGAGAUCGCGGGUCGCAAAAGUUGCCCAGGACAAGAUGUUCGAAACGAUGUCCAAAUACAAUGACAGCGAGGAGAUUCAAUUUGUCUGGGACAAUCUGCAACGAGACUUUGAUUGUUGUGGUACGAACAACGCCUCCGACUGGUUGAAACUGGACAAACCCUUGCCGGGUAUCCCGAUGUCAUGCUGCUAUGCAACGGUAGGAGCUGUCGGCAUAUCGAAUUGUACUCUAGAAUCAACAGGGUUACAUCACAAAGGUUGCAUGCAAGAGUUUGCGGAUUUUGCGAAGAAACACGCGGCCAAAAUAGUGGGUGUUGGACUGACUCUCGGUGUAAUUCAGCUGAUAGGUAUCUUCCUGUCAUCCUAUUUAGCCAAAUCAAUAAGAAAUAGUUACGAGACCAUGUAGAGUGCCAUGGGAAUGCUGAGCACGCUAAAUUUAGUGUGUUAUGUUAUAUAUCUUUUUAGAGAAAUAGAUUGCAAUUAAACUCUUCUAGAAAUAGAUUACAAUUAAGCUUUUCAAGAAUUUCCUUGCUCUGUCCUGAUGGAAUUAUUGAUCUGAUUUUCGAGCUGAAUUAUUUGAAUUAUUGAUUUGUUAUGAUUUUGAAUAUACCGAAUAUGACAUUGAAUAUACCGUUUAUCAUUGUAAGGGUAAUAAACUAUUUUUACUACG